AUGCAAAACAACGAAGAAUUAUCUGCAGAUUUGUUAGAUCCUUAUGAAGUUUUAUUCUUUUCACGAACACCAGAUGAGUUUUUUGAAGAUGACGACUUUGAUAGUGAUGCUGAUAUUGUGGAAUUAACUAAUAAAACCGAUGCAAUUACUCUAGACAAUGAAAACCAAAUUAAUAAAGAAAAGGCUAGAAAAAGGGGAAAAGGACAUGGAAAUAAAGAAGGAAAAAAUAUAGCUUCAGAAAAAAAAGCUAAAAUAUUCGCACAGUUACCUGUACCACCUGAUUUUAGUUACUUAAAGCAUAAUGUACCAUUUCAUCAAGCUUUAAAUUUUAUUCUAAUAGAUGGAACUCUUGCUCAUCGACAGUUUAGAUUGCAACUAGCAUGGGAUUUUAUUAAUGACACAUUAAAUAAUAGACAGAAAGUAGUUAAUAAGCAACAUUUAAAUAAAAAUUCAGCAUCUAUUGCAAAGAUUGAAUAUAACCAAAAAUUGACUCAGAUGGCUUAUUCAGAAUAUUUAAUAUUUCAUGCUCAAAUAUUUGGGCACCUAUAA